UUUUUUCCUUUACUUAGGCACCGAUGACCUUGUGUGUUAUCGUAAUGCAUAUAAAUGACUUUUAAAAAAAACGUUAAGUGUGCACAGCGAUAGUCCAUAGUCCAUGAAUGUGUGUACAACUUUCCAAUCCAUUCAAAGCAAUCUUUGGACUGAUAUCUUUUUAUAGUGACCAAUAACGAUCUAUAAGAUAUACCAAACGACGUAUUAUAUUUUUUAUAUUCUUAUACAUUUUUAACGGAAGAAAACUGGUAGUGAUCGAAUAAAAAUAAGAGGUUAUAAAUUUUUAAUUGUUCCAAAUAAGUUCUUUCAUUAUGGCGCAUACAGAUUCCUUUAUCUUGAUCACUUUGAAUAAUGGAAUACAAAAAGUGGUGCUCAAUAAGCCUGCCAGGAAGAAUGCACUUUCGGUUCCGAUGUACAAGGAGUUAACGAUACUUUUGAACGAAUCCGCCAAAAACAAUGAAGUAUUGACAUUUGUGUUGACAGCAAACGGAGAUUUCUUUAGCAGUGGCAAUGACAUAGGUACUACUAUGACAAUGGAUGCGAUUUUGAUAGUGAAGGACUUUAUUGAUGCAAUAAUUAUGUAUCCGAAACUUUUGAUAGCUAUUGUAAAUGGACCAGCAAUAGGAAUAGCAUCCACAAUAUUAGGGAUCUUCGAUAUAGUAUAUGCUUCAGACAAGGCAUAUUUUCAAACACCAUUUAGUUCUUUGGGUCUCGUUGCUGAAGGAUGUUCUACAUAUACAUUCCCCAGAUUAUUGGGAUCUUCCAAAGCUGGAGAUAUGUUGUAUCUGGGCUAUAAAAUGAAUGCUCAAGAAGCUAAGAAAUAUGGAUUGGUUAGCAAAGUAUAUAAUCAUGACUCUCUUGAAGAAGUGUGGGACUAUUUGAACAAUAUAUCUAAACUUUCUUCAGAGUCAAUAUUGGCAACAAAGCGAUUGGUGAGUAGGUGGAAUAGGGAGAUAUUAUUAAAAGUUAAUGCAGAAGAAAUAAAAGAAUUGGAAAAACGGUUUGGGUCUCCUGAUGUAGUCGAAAGAUUUAUAAAUUUCUUAUCACGAAAAAAUAAGCUUUAAAAUAACAAUUAAAAUUAGAUAAUAUAAUAAUUAUAAUUUUUCACUUAUCAAUUUCUUAUUCAGUUGAUUUAAUAAUAAAAAUAUAAUUUUUUAAUCUUUAAUUAGUUUGUGUAUGUUGCAUUGUAGAAUUUCUAAAUAUAAAUGUUAUAUAAUCGCCUGCUUCUGUUAACAUAAUGUCCUGUAAAUUUAUAUAUUUUUAUAUAUAUAUAAACACUAAGUUUUGAACUUAA